GUGACACUAAACAAAAUAAGAUUCUAAACUAAUCAUAGCAACUGGAGUUCACACUUCUCUCAUAAUUCAUUAUUGGCUUAUCUAUUAGUAGUUGCCAAAUAUUCCCGCAUUCACAUACACUCAAAUUCUUAGCUGUAUAAUGAAUCACUCCAUGCCAAUAUUCUCGUGCACCAAAUGUGUUUAUAUAUAUGGAUGCAUAUGUGCAAUCACAAAGCACAGAUAGAAGAAGAUUGUGAGAGUCCGAGAGAGAUUGGGAGUUUUAAUUAAGCUUCGAUAGUUGAUUGAAAAAUGGCUUAUUACAACUCGCUUCUCUAUUACUGUAUUUUGUUCUUCGUAUUCAACAUCAAUACAAAUAUUACAGAAGUUAUUGGCCAUGUUCCAGCUGUUAUUGUAUUUGGAGACUCACUUGUUGAUGUGGGUAACAAUAAUCACUUGAAGCUUUCCAUUCUUAAAUCUAAUUUUCCUCAUAACGGGAUCGAUUAUCCGAAUAAGAAAGCAACUGGAAGAUAUAGCAAUGGAAAGAAUGCUGCUGAUUUCUUCUCUGAGAAUUUAGGAUUAGCGGCAUCGCCACCGUAUCUCUCCAUUAAAUCAGCUUCAAACAAGGUCAAUGUGUUGCUUGAUCAGGGUGGAAUUAAUUUUGCAUCAGGAGGAGCCGGAAUCUUAAAUGAAACAAACAAACUAUUUAAACAAGCCAUCUCACUCAGCGAGCAGAUAACAUAUUUUGCAACAGUGCAUGGAGUGCUCAAUCAACAGUUAGGAACCGUUCAAGCACAAACGCACAUGGAAAAAUCUGUGUUUCUUAUUGCAAUUGGCAGCAACGACAUUCUUGACAAAUUUAAAGGUGUGAGUUCGAGUCUGCAAACUGAAUCUUCAGGUGACCAGUUCAUAAACUCUCUGAUGGUUAUACUGAAAAGCAAGUUAAAGACUAUUUACAAUCUUGGUGCACGCAAAUUUGCCGUGGUUGGACUCGGUAUGAUAGGGUGUUGUCCGAAACUGAGAAGAAAAAAUCCUACGGGUGAAUGCAAUGAGCAAGCAAAUUACUGGUCUGUUAAGUACAACAAAGCCGUUACAUCGCUCUUGCAAGAACUCAAAGAAGAGCUUACGGACAUUCACUAUUCCUUAAUAAACACUUACGAUAUCAUGGCCAAUUUCUUGCAACAACCAGCACUUUAUGGAUUCAGUGAGAUAAAAUCCGCUUGCUGCGGGGCGGGGAAAUUCAGAGCAAAAGUCCCAUGCCUACCUAUUGCAGUGUACUGUAAGAAUAGGAGAGACCAUGUAUUCUGGGAUCUAUACCAUCCAACUGAAGCUGCUACUAAAAUAAUUAUGAAUGAAUUCUUUAUGGGCACAGAGAAGUAUGUUUACCCUGUUAAUUUGAAGCAAUUGCUGGAAGUAUAAAUAGGAUUGAUUGACUACCAAAGAGUGUAAUUCAAUAUUCAUAAUGUGAGUUGAGACUGAUUUGUUUAGGUGAUCGAGAAAUUGUGAUACUAGCAGAAGUCUAUAUCAUCAAAUGCAAUGUGCCACCAACCGGAUUGCGAUGUUCCAAAUCCAAAUUGUGACGAUUUGAUUCUCUUUUGUGUUUGUUUAUUAGGACUUGUUCGA